GACAUAGGCACACUAGUGCCUUUCUGUUAUAUCCCGGAGUGCAGAGUCCCAUGUGAGACCCUCUUUGCCUGGAUUGUGUCAUCGGCAAUAGCCACCGCUUCACCAAGAUGCCCCGGUCAUUCCUGGUCAAGAAACACUUCUCUGUCACCAAGAAGCCAAACUACAGUGAACUGGAAAGUCAGACAGUGUAUAUCUCACCAUUCCUAUAUGACAAGUACCCCAUCCCUGUGAUAGCUCAGCCAGAGAUCCUCAGCACAGGAGCCUACUUCCCACCUCUUGUCUGGGACACUGGUUUGCUUACAACGUUCUUUACCACUGAUCCUGACUACAGUAAAUCUCCGAUCUCCACAUCCAGUGAAGAUUGUAAACCUCUAGACCUCACCUCUUUCUCCAGCGAGGAUGAUGAGGGGAAAACCUCAGAUCCCCCCAGCCCAGCCUCUUCAGCGACAGAAGCGGAGAAGUUCCACUGUAACCAGUGCACUAAGUCUUACUCUACCUUUGCUGGACUGUCUAAACACAAGCAGCUGCAUUGUGACUCACAAACCAGAAAAUCUUUCAGCUGCAAAUACUGUGAGAAGGAAUAUGUUAGUUUAGGGGCCCUGAAGAUGCAUAUCAGGAGCCACACGCUGCCAUGUGUCUGCAAGAUCUGUGGCAAGGCUUUCUCAAGACCAUGGCUCCUUCAGGGACAUAUCAGAACACAUACAGGUGAAAAGCCAUUUUCCUGCACUCAUUGCAACCGGGCCUUCGCUGACCGCUCCAAUCUCCGAGCCCAUCUGCAGACCCAUUCCGACGUCAAGAAGUAUCAGUGCAAAACCUGCUCAAGGACUUUCUCCCGCAUGUCACUCCUUCACAAGCACGAAGAGACAGGGUGUUCUGGGAAUCACUGAUCACUAUUUUGUGCACAAUUGACUAUUGCUGAUACUCCAGAAGGUCAUUCUUUUCCCAGAUAAAAAUGCCAUGGCUAUAUGUAGCAAGUGCACCCAAAUCAUGUGGUUUUGGGGGGACCUAUAACACUUUUAUAUAAUGCUCUUAGUGGCUGAAAUGAGCUCUUUGUAUUCCACAACCUUACUGCAGUAUCACAGGGAACAAAAUACUGUACAUUUUAUACGCUUAAUUGUUUUGUUUAUUCAAUUACCAAAAAAAAAAAAAAAAGCAAUAAGAUGGCGGUAUUGAUUGUAUUUUUAAAUAAUGAGACCCUGUGAUUUGCAAACCUUAAACCAGCAAGAAAGAAAAUUCUUAUAUUUUUGUGGAAGCAGUAAAAGCCCAAUUCCUCUAUUUUAUGAAGGACCGAUUGAAAGUGUUAAAAAUGUGUUCUUAUUUUUGUGAUUGUAUAUAUAAAUAUAUGCAAAAUGAGUACUUUAAGCAAAAGGUGUUACUAUGCAAUAAUAAUAUCACACUUAAAGGGCAGCUGUUUGGCCGCAGCACAAUGACAAUUUAUAAUGCCUGCACCAUUAACAAUGAUCAGGAUAACAAGAGCUUGUUGCUGUUACCAAACAACAAUUGUGUUUACAGAGCUCUUGAGCACCUGCUAAUAUGACUCUUAAACAACUGCCUUUCAUGAGUGCUCAGAUUAAUAGUGAGCAGUUGUCAAGUGAUACAAUGGCUAGUUGUGGGCCAGCCAUGGACAGGUGGACGCCAAAAACUCCUAUUUAUGCCUUUUGACAGGUGUUUUCUUCUAUUCUUUUUUUUUUUCUACAUAAUCCUUACAAAGAAUGUUUACAUUUCAAAGGUACACUGGUAUUUAUAUUUUUUUAUCUGCCACAUUUUGUACUGAUGAAACUUUUUUAUAGUUAAACACAGUUUAUUUGAUAAUAAAA